UUACAUCUUGCAAAAGUGAGAGUCGACUCUGAGUCUGUGAAAUGAAUUGUUUUUGAAACGAGUCAGGCUCUGCAUUAGCUGAUUUGUAGUGACGUAGAUACGAAACAGAAUAGCUCAUUGGCCGCUCCCAAUAACUGCGCGCGCAGACGGAAGUAUAAACUUGAAAUAGAACACGACACGUUCAAAUCCUUCAGCUGAGAAUAGCAUCAUGUCGAGAAGACGCUGUGUUUUACUGUGCAAAGAUAGGUCAGCCACUUUGUUUUCAUUGCCCAGGGUCGAGCAUGUGAAACGUCAGUGGUUAGAGUUCAUAUUUGCAACGAUACCACAAAAGUACAGCCCGAACCUUUUGUUGUGUUCUCGUCAUUUUACUGAAGAAUCAUUCAAAAACUUAUAUGAAUUCAAAUGUGGAUUCGUAAGCCGGUUGUUCCUGAAGGAGGGCUCAGUACCCAGUGUACAUGGAUCAGCUUCGUCCUCCUCUGCUCCACAGUCUAGACCAUCACAUCAGACCAUUCAAAAUCGAUUUAUACAUUUUGAGGUAGCUUGUCAGACUGACUGUCCACAAACUGUUUCUGUGAUGACCCAAACAGAUGAAUGUCCAAAAAAAUCUGUUUUCACACCACUAUCUUCUACUACGCUGAAAGACGCACACGUUCGGAGUAAAGGCUCACAGACAACGGUUGCUUGUGCGACUGUCGACACAACAGCAACAUCAACAUUCGAUGAUAUACCGUUUUCAUCAACGCCUGGUAAGCCUGGAUUCAGAUCAUCCAGUCUGGCGUUGAAAGAGGAGGGUGAAGACAUAGAAAUACCGACUGAACCCCACGACUCGACUUAUAACCCCGCUGACACAAUCAUUUCACAGGAUUCUGAAAUGUCGUUUGGGCAAAGGUCCAUAUACGCAGACUCAAAAUACAUUGUGUUUGAAACCUGUUUGCGGGAGUUGUUCUCCACGUGUCCAAUUUGUAAUUCCAAAUCUGAUAUGGAGCUACAUCGUAUGGGCACUUAUGUUGCGUUCAAGCAGCGUUGCCCUAAGUGCAUGUACAACCGAAAAUGGCAGAGUCAGCCCAUAGUCGGAAGUACACCAAUGGGCAACCUCCUGUUAUCAGCUGCAACAUAUUUUACUGGGGGAUCAUUCAUCCAACUACAAAAGAUUUGCAAGGCUAUGCAAUUACGAAUUUGCCAGUACAACACAUUCAGGAGACAUUGCAGGAUUUAUUUGGAGCCAGCAAUUGUGCACAAGUGGAAAACUGAGCAGCGAAACAUUAUACAGAAGUUGCAAGAGCGAGGAAAGAUUGCAGUAUCUGGAGAUAUGCGUGCAGAUUCCCCUGGACAUUCUUCCAAGUAUGGCAGCUAUACGCUUAUGGACAUGCACAGCAAUACUAUUGUUGACCUCCAGCUUGUUCAGAGCAAUGAGGUUGGUGGUAGCAACCACAUGGAGAAGGAAGGCCUAAAGAGAUGUCUGGACACGCUGGAGUCAAACCAUUUAGAAGUGGAUUACAUUGUCACCGAACGUCAUCCACAGAUCCAGAAAUAUCUCAGGGACCGGAGCAUGACUCAGUUCUAUGAUGUGUGGCACUUUGAGAAAGGUUUGUCUAAGAAAUUAGACAAACUGGCCAAAAACAAAGAGUGUGGCUUGUUGAAGAAGUGGCGCCGUAGCAUCAGAAAUCACGUUUACUGGUGCGCCAACUCCUCGACAUCAGGACCGGAGAAGGUGGCUAAGUGGACCUCACUGAUCAACCACCUCCAGAAUGUGCACACACACGACAAUCCCAUCUUUCCCAAGUGCGCACAUCCACUCACAGCAUCAAAUGACCAAAAGAAAUGGUUUCAACAAGGGUCACUGGCUGUCCACAAAAUUGAACAUAUACUGUGCAACAAGAGGGUUCUCAAAGAUGUGGAGAAGCUCAGUCACCAUUUCCAGACAUCUUCCCUGGAGGCAUUCCACAGCCUCAUUCUCCGUUUUACACCCAAAAAUGUAGUGUUCUCUUUUAUUGGGAUGUUGUGCAGACUAUUCCUUGCUGUGCUUCAUCAUAACGAAAAUGCCAACAGGGAACGAGCCACAACAUCAACAGGACGGGGGCUUUACAAAAUUGUGCUCCCGAAAUCCAAAAAAGAGGAAUGCAUUGCACAGCCAAUAAAAACGGAACCAACAUACAAUUUUGUUGAUGACUUACUGAAGCUUCUCUUUGAUGAAGUUGUCAUGGACCCCUCUCCAUUUGUUGAUGCACUGAAGACAAUCCCCGUUCCACCGCCAGUGGAAUGAUAGACCGUCAAAGGAUGAAGCGAUUGCCCGUCAUGUUUCCAGAUUCGGUUUAAUAGGGGGUCGAAAGCUAGUGUACUGUCCAGCCAGAUCUAGAAAUGCCUGACGGAUGUGUUACAACACAGCACGGAAUGACAUCACGGAUACUGCGCCCUAAGUAGCCCCAGCACCAGCUGACAAAGCUGCGGUAUUAGGCGGUACUGCCUAAAAACGACAGACAAAACUCUUGUCUAUGUGACCAAAUAAAGUGUGUACAAUUUGAUAAGUGAUAUAUAUAUAUAUAUAUAUUUUUAUAAUAAAUUGGUGUGACAAACGUGUUCAAAGUAUGCAAUAUACAAAUUUGGUUGUGAUAUUAAUUACAUUGUUUGUAGGGUUAUCAAAUUACACGUACUCCUCUAUGGUCCUGCGCCUUAUACGACCAUAGUCACAUCUAUAGAUGUUGUAAAUGAUCUGCAGUGUAUAUGAAUUUAGACCGUUAGGUUCAAAGCCUGGAUGGUGCACUAUACAUGUUGGUGGGACUGGAAGCUGGUCCAUUCUUUUUGUAACCUAAGGUGAAAAAAAAAGUCAUCACAGAACAAUUGUAUUUAUGCAUUUCACACUUCUCGUUAAGAUUGUGAUUUUAAUUUGUAGCGUUACUUUACAUGUAAUAAGUCUCAAAGUUCAUAUAAUGGUUAAACAAUACACUACCUGUCGUACUUCCUUGCAGCAAAGAUUUUCAACCUCGCUUGGCAUUUUACAGUUCCCACAUGUGCACCUACAUAAAUUCGACAAUUAAUUUGUAUGUUAACCAGAACGAACAAAUGGCGAAAGACAGCAAGACUAAUCAGAUUACAGCACGUCAAUUAUCGGAUCGUUUUCGAUUCUGCAUGUUCCAUCUGCCUGAAGUGCCAUAAACUACAUUGACACUCUCCAUUGAGAAGGGUCCUGCUUCAGUCUUGUUUGUAAUUGACUUUCUGGUUCAUCAGAAUUUUCGGACGUUUCCUCUUCUGACUCUGGCUCGAAUUGGUAAGGCAAAAUUGAUGACAUGUCUGUUCAUACACUGAAUGAAUCAUACACUAAAUAAAUCAUUUAGGAGUCGUUGAGCAAAUCAGGUAAAAAUAAAAUGCAUAUUA